GGAGGAGGCGGGUCUGGGAAUGCCGGGAAUGUUUCUCACGGGAAGGUUCACGACGAAGCCCUCGGGAGAGCCGUGAUGGCGACGGACGGGGGGCCCGGUGGGACGGCGGGAAAACUCGGAGAUUCCCGAGCGGGGAGUCCGGGGAGAGCUUGCGCCGAUCCCGCCUCCAUCCCGGCGUUCCGCAGGGAACUCGGGAGGCUGCCGGGAGCCGGGGCACGGCGGAGAGCGGGGGCUGACGCGGGGGAGAAGCGGGGCCGUGGGGGAGACACGGCGGAGACGCGGAGACGCGAGGGAGAGAAGGAGACACGGCUACGCGGGCGAGACGUAGCGGGGACGCGGGGACAAGUGGGAGACGCGGGGGAGGCGCGGAGACACCACGGGAGAGACGCAGGCGAGACGCGGAGACGCGAGGGAGAGAAGGAGACACGGCUACGUCCGAGAGAUGCGGGGGAGACACGGGGACACCCGGGAGACACGGCGGAGACACGGCUGCACGGGGGAGACGCGGAGGAGAUGCAGAGACGCCGUGGGUGGAGGAAGAAACACGGAGAGUGCAGGACGUACGCCGUGUCUGGACUCUUUGAUGGCCUCUCCCACAUCUACAGCACCCAGGACGGGGAGCGACGGAAGAAGUUCCGGCCCAACUACUCUCUGCAGGCGACUCGCGGGGCCGUGUCCCUCCACCCGGGGCCGCAUCACGACCCCAUGGCCAUGUGCCCAUCUGCAGCGACCUUCCCUGAGAAAAAUGGUGAUGGUGGUGAUGAACUCAAGACAGAUCUGAUCUCGUCAGCAUCAGAAUCCGUCUCUUCCCACACAGGUGCCUGUAGGGGAAGUGGGGUGAAGGUGUCGAGUGAAGAUCUGGAGAUGUUCCAAGCAGCACAGCAACGAGCGGGCGAGCGCCUCUGUCUCCGUGUGGACUCUCUGUUCCCGGCUGUGAUUGAGAUCGGCCGUUAUGAGAUCCAGACCCUGUACCACUCAGCCCUGCCAGCGAACCUCGCUCAGUGCGUGCGUCUCUUUGUCUGUGAGUUCUGUUUGUGCUUCCUGUGCUCGCGUGGCUCCCUGCAGAGGCACAGCUCCAAAUGUCGUCGCUGUCAGCCGCCAGCGGCGGAGAUCUACCGUGACGGGACUCUGUCCGUCUACGAGGUGGAUGGCAGUGUGAGUGCCCCCUACUGCCAUAACCUGUGCCUGCUGGCCAUGCUGUUCCUGCCCCACAAGACGCUGUGCGUCGAUGUGCAGCUGUUCCUCUUCUACGUCGUGACGCAGCACGACCACCACGGGAGCCACCUUGUCGCUUACUUCAGCAAGGAGAAGCAAGCUAAGCAGGCACAUAACCUCUCCUGCAUCCUGACGCUGCCCCAGUACCAGAGGCUGGGAUACGGACACUUCCUCAUCAGCCUGAGCUACCUGCUGUCUCGUCGCGAGGGGCGGCCCGGCUCUCCGGAGAAGCCUCUCUCCGACCUGGGCCGCCUCGCCUACGCCUCCUACUGGCGGCAGGCCCUGACGGAGGCCCUCGACAGGGCCCUCCGCUCACCGCCGCUCGGCCCGGGCGGGGAGGGGGCGGCCGCCGGGCCUCCGGGCCGUCGCCUUCCAGGCGAGGGUCGGGCUCGGGAGCGCGACGCUAGGCCUCGGCGCUCCGUCCGCCCGGGCCGAGGACUUUUUUCAGGCGGGGAGCGGGCUUCGAGGGGCGGCACUGGGCCUCGGGGUUGGGGCGUCCCGGGCGACGGGCAGGCCGCGGGGGCCGACGGCGCGGGUAGGCCUCCCCGCGCGUCAGGAGAGGCUCAGGCUGCGGCGGCCGCGGGCAGCAGGCCCGAGGUGUCGGUGGCGGCGCUGAGCCGGAGCACCGGCAUGGCAACGGAGGACGUGGUGGCGACGCUGAGGAGUCUGGGAAGUCUGCGGGUUCGCAAUGGCCGCGUAGCCAUCCUGCACCCCCAUUGGAGGAGGGCCGCGGGUCACGUGACCCGCCCGUCGGCCAAUCGCUGCGCUCGGAUCCGCCUGGACGAGUCCCGGCUGCGUUGGGAGCCCCGGCCGUUGGUGGGGACCAAUCGCAGCGUGUCGCCGGGGUCACGUGACCGGGGGGCGGGGGGCGAAGUGCAUCAUGGGAGCCCCUCGCCGCCUCCCCCCGUGCUGAGCCGGGAGGAGCCCCAGUGCAUUGUGGGAGCCCGCCGCAAGCGGGGGAGACCCAGGCGGAAGGGACUACUUUCAUGGCCUCCUCAUUCCCCGCCCUCCGACAGCGCCCCUCCGCCCCUGGAGGGGCCCCAUCACCCGGCACAUCCGUACACAGACGCAACAGCUUUUCUCGCGGAAGUUGACGCCGGCGGAGGGGCGGAUGGUGACGAGGAACGGAAGGAUGAGGGUGGUUGUAUCCCUCCGCCCGCGAAGAGGCUCAAGGAGGCGCGCAGGCAAAGGUCCCCCGUGUAGCCACCUCGCACCGGGGAGGCAAGUGUUGUUAGCGAGCACCUGCUACGUACUUACACGCGUGUAUGUAUUUAUAUAUAUAAAGGCAAAGGU